CCUAUCAGCUUGGACUAAGCAUCCUCUGACCUUUCUCCUCCCAGAAUGACCUUUAAAGGAAUUUUCUUAGGGAUGGGCAAUCCUCUCCUGGACAUAUCUGCGGUUGUGGACGAAAAAUUUUUGAAAAAAUAUGACAUCAAGUUGAACAACGCGAUUCUUGCAGAGGACAAGCGCAUACCUAUGUUUGAAGAAAUGGCUUCCAAGUAUAAAGUGGAAUACAUCGCUGGGGGUGCUACCCAAAAUUCAAUCGAAGUCUCCCAGUGGAUGCUCCAAAUUCCAGGUGAAAAAAGUUAUAUGGGGUGUAUUGGAAAGGACAAAUUUGGAAAGGACAUGAAGAAAAACUCAAAAGCUGUUGGUUUUAAUGAUGAGUCUACACCUACCGGAACUUGUGUUGUUUGUGUUGUUUGUGUUGUUGGUGGGGAAAGGUCACUUGUUGCACAUCUGUCAACUGCAAAUUGCUACACAUGUGAGCAUUUGAAGAGACCAGAUAAUUGGGCAUUAGUUGAGAAGGCCAAGUACUUCUAUAUUGCUGAGUUUUUCCUCAUCGUAUUUCCAGACUCUAUCCAGCUUGUUGCCGGACAUGCAGCCGCAAACAACAAGGAUGCACAGGAGAAAGUUUUGCCGCAAGCAUCUAUUAUCUUCUUCUGCACAGGAUUUGAUAUUUACAGACAAGAACCUUCUCAAAAAGUUCAUGGUUGGGAGACAGACAAUGUCGAUGAGAUAGCUCUGAAGACUUCUCAAUGGCCAACAGCAUCUGGAGCAUACAAGAGGAUCACUGUUAUCACUUAAGGGGCAGACCCAGUGGUUGUUGCUGAGGAUGGAAAAGUGAAGAAAUUCCUUGUGAUAAUGCUACCAAAGGAAAAACUGGUUGAUACAAAUGAAGCAGGCAUGUCCUUUUCCUGUAACUUUUAAGAGAUCUACCCAUAUGCAUGCCUAAACAAAAAGGGGGGUUGGGGAUUGGGAGAGUAUGAGAAGAACUAGCCAUGCUACUAACUAGAACAUUUACCUUUGAUCCCAUUAUGUGUGUAAUGUGUUACAUAGAGCCAAAAACACCGUCAAACCCAGCAAACGGAAUCAUUGUUAGCACCUUCAUAUUUUUCGGUAGAGGAUGCAUUUGUUGGAGGAUUUCUUGCCCAGCUGGUUCAAGAGAAGCCCAUUGAAGCUUGUGUAAGAGCUGGUAGCUAUGCAGCUCUUGCGCAAUUAUUACU